GAGAGAGAGAGACAAGCCAAUUGCAGGGGAAGCGUGAAAAGUGCCUUGCACCUCCCUUCUACCAAUUUGAUGGAUAAAUUUGACCUCACUAAACCGACUUGAAUUCACACCAGACACGACAACUGCCUUUUUCAAUUUUAGUACCCAAAACAGGGUGUAGGACCUUGGACACGCCAAACACAAUUAGUGUAAAAUACAGAGGUUCUUAUCCAAACCCAAUUAAUACCCGUUCUCAAAAGUCCGCUCCCCUUGGUGAUUCCUCCUUAAAAUAGUGUGAUAAUUUCACGGUCGUUUUCAGUAGGCAGCUGAAUCUACCAAACGCACCAUUGUAUUAAAUACCGUAAAAGUGGCUGGAAAGAAGAAAGGAGAGGAAAGAGGAUCUCAUCUUAAGAGGUGAAGAGAAGGAGAGAUGAAGGAAGGUCACCCAAAGAAGUUGGUCAUGUUUUCAGUCUGGGGGCUUCCUAGAUUCGCUGCCUACUCCUUUAUCCUCGCUCUGGUCUAUGCUCUGGGUUUCAUCACCAGCUUCACUGGAAAAUCGAAAUCCCCAGAAAACACAACUCAAGUCCCACCCCAAUUUCUGGAAUCUGAUCUAGUCAGGUUUCGAACAAAGUGCUCAGAUCCUGUCCCUUCAACACUAGUCAGGCAAACAAUUCUUGACAAGGUCUACAAUGGCUCAUCGCCAUACCAUGGCUUCCCACCUUCUCACACACUAGGCCUACUUAAGCCUAAACGAAUCAAGGGGUGGGGCUCUUAUGGUGCUGUGUUCGAGAAUUUGGUACGUAGGGUCAAGCCCCGAAUCAUAAUCGAGGUGGGCACGUUCUUAGGUGCAUCUGCCAUACACAUGGCUGAUCUCUCUUGUGACCUCGGUCUCAAGACCCAAGUCAUAUGCAUCGAUGACUUCAGAGGGUGGCCUGGAUUUAGAGAGAGAUUCAAGGACAUAUCCAUGGUUAAUGGGGAUGUGAUGCUAUUGCACCAAUUCAUGCAAAAUGUGGUGUAUCUUAACCUCACAGAGCAGAUUUUGCCCCUGCCUUUCUCGACCAGCUCGGCACUCGUAAAGCUUUGUGAGUGGGGGGUUAUGGGGGAUCUAAUCGAGGUCGAUGCUGGCCAUGAUUUUCACUCCGCGUGGUCUGAUAUUAACAUGGCUUAUGCUUUGUUGAGGCCUGGUGGUGUGAUCUUUGGCCAUGACUACUUCACAUCAGCAGAUGAUCGAGGGGUGAGGCGCGCCGUGGACCUGUUUGCAAGGCGUAAGGGUCUCUUUGUGGGGACUGACGGCCAGCACUGGGUUAUCGGAUGAUGAUUUUUUAGCAUUUCUUGGCAUAAUUGUAAGGCACCCUGCUUAACCCUGCUUAUCGACGCAUAUUGAUUGAUCGGACGAUCCCUUCCGAUCACUGUGAAAAAAAUCUAGUCUAGGUAAGUAUUUUCUGCAAGUUGAUUGAUGGGGAUCCUCCUGUGCAAUGGGGGAAGGGGGCCUACCUUACCAACCGUAAGAAGGAGAAAAAAAAGCUAGAUACAUCUCUCUGUUUCCAAGUAGGAUUUUGUGUGUCCAAGUAGGAUUUUCUCGAAUACGAAUGCUAAAAGUUUCACUCCUACAACUGAGCAACCAAAAGAAAGGUCGUGGAAUCUUCCGAUUGCCCGCAAAUGCCAUUGAGGGCCGGGCUGGGCUGAGUGGAGUGGCAGUCGCCCUCGGUAUUUGGAGGUUGCAACUGAUCACUUCAAUUUUCUGUUUUUGUUGAACUACGCAAUUUUGUACUUGUGGUGUAAAAGGAAUAGGGUUCGAUACUCAAUAAAACAUGGAGUUGAUUUUGAUGGUGUUUUCUGCGUAUGUGAUUCUUACACAAAUGCCCG